AUGAAGCAGGCUGCUUGUCUGUUUGAAGAGAUAUCAGGGCUGAGGGUCAGGGAGAGUCACACCCAGGAGACAGAGAGUGAGGAGGAACAACAACAACAACAAGCAUUCCCUUAUUUGUUGAGAGUAAGGACCAACAGAACACCCAACCAUUUACCAAGAGAGAACGCUGGAGGCCGAGCCAGACCCAAACCAAAACCAAGUAGGAGCGAACCCACCAACAAUGACUCUCCUGGCCCAUCCCGAGCCAAGAACCCACGCAUGAGGCCCAACAUGAUCAAACUGAAGUCCAGAGAGAGAGUCAAAGCCAAGGACAUGGGGGAGGAAUCGCUCCUGAGCCGACGCAGAAGUCGAAGUGAGACAUCCAGCAGAAGUCCUUCUUCUCAGAGUGAGACAGUAGGAAGACGGGUCACUCCAGCCUUAACGUACACGUACAGACUAAGGCCCAGAGCCCCAGCUCCAGCUUCACAUAGGCAGGCCGAGCUUGAGAGAGAAGCUGCUGCCAUUAGAGAGAGGGGGAGGAAGAGAAAAGAAGAAACCCUGAGAGGACAGAACGAAGUCAAGGAGGAAGAGGAAGACGAGGAGGAGGAGGAAAAGGAGAGCGCAGCUCUUUCCUGCUUGGGACUGAAGGGAAGGAGAGGAGGGUUGGUGAACAAUGGUAAGGGACUAAACCUGAGAUGGCGUGAUGACAACACCAAACGGAAGAGAAGAAAGAGGGCCAGAGAGGAGGAGGAGAGCAGUGAGGAGUUGGUGGAGAGGGUGUGGUCCAGGGAGGGCUGGAAGAGGAAUAAGAACAAUAGAAACACUAGUCCGGAGAUACCCAUCGUUAUCCACUAUCUAACCCGACAAAGGAGAGGCCAGUUGAAGAACCCACUACCCAACGAUAGAGGAUCGUCCUCUUCUUCUUCGUCCUCAGACUCCAGUAUCUUUAAUCUUGGACCCAACCCCAGUAGGUUUGAGUCUCUCUUCACACUGGGGAGCAUGCUGGGUAAAGGAGGAUGUGGGGCGGUCUACGCCGCCAUGCGCAAAAGUGACGGCCAACAGGUGGCCAUAAAGUAUGUGGACAGAGGAAUGGCCGAGCCAUACGUAAUGCUUCCCGGAGAGAAGAGUGCCUUGCCCCUGGAGGUGGCCCUGAUGCAGAUCGUCUCACGGCCCCCGUCCUGCUGCUACGUGCUGGGCCUGCUGGACUGGUUCGAGGAGGCCGAGCGUUUCAUCCUGGUGCUGGAGAGACCCUAUCCGUGCAUGGACCUGUUUGAUUUCAUCGAGGAGCUGGGAGGCCGGGUGGACGAGUGUCUGGCCAGGAUCAUCAUGAUACAGGUGGUACUGGCUGUUCGGCAUUGCCGCGACCGAGGGGUCCUGCACCGAGACGUCAAGGCUGAGAACCUGCUGGUGCAGACGGACAACCUACGGGUUAAGCUCAUCGACUUUGGCUGCGGAGACCUUCUGAGAGAAUCCUCCUACAGAGACUACUCAGGCACAGAGGAGUACUGUCCUCCAGAGUGGGUGCUGAGCGGUGUGUACCAGGGCCGCCACGCCACCAUCUGGUCACUGGGGGUACUGCUCUAUGGCCUGGUGUGCGGCCGUCUGCCCUUCAACAAGGAGGCUGAUAUCAUUGCUGGGCGCCUGCGCUUCAAAAAGGGCCUGACUAAAGAGUGUAAGGAGUUGAUCAACUGCUGUCUGCAGCAGGAUCCCACCAAGAGGCCUGUUCUAGAGCAGAUCCUUCUUCAUGAUUGGAUGGCAGACAGACCGGUGAUCUAGGACGAACUUUAUGAGACUGGGUGAUCUACCACCUGGGUCAGCUGUGGUUACCAUGACAACAAUGAUUAGGGAAGAAACGCAAAAUGAACCUCUGCAAGAUACCAGUAUAUGAAUAAAGAGAAGAACGCAAUCACAACACACCGAGUGGC